AUGUCAUUGGUCUCCAACAACCAGGCCAGGGUGUAUCUAGUUCCAGAGGAGGUUCUGAAAGGAGAAACUGCAGAGAGUCUUUUAAGGGUCCAGAUGAGCCUGGAGGUCCUUCGGCAUUUCAGGAGCACCUAUGAGGACCACAGGGCCAAUCUGAGAAAGUUUCAGAAGAAUGGGACCAUGGACAUACUGUCAACAUCUUUGGACCUGAUGAAGCUUGAGAAACUGGAGAUUGGAGGCAUCCGAGGAAAAGCCCUCAGCCUGCAGAUUCAGUUGCUUUAUCAAGAGUUCUUGGACUCUUACAAGAUCCUCACGGAAAAGCCAUACGAUUGCUUGGACAUCACCAACGCGGAGUUUGAAGUUGAUGUGAGGAACUUUAGGCUGAAGGUGGAUGACACAGAUCGGCGUCUUGGGGCAAUCUUCUGUCAAGCUUUUGAUGACGCCUUAGGACUGGAGCAUGCCUUUAAGGUCCUGGAAAUGUUUGGCAGCCUGAUAGAGCGCCCGUUGAUCGCUCUGGAUGCCGUGAGCAGAUUUCCUUUCCUUAGGUCUAUGUUUGACGAAGAGCUAGAUUCCUGUAAGCUGCUCUACAACAACCAGAAGAAAGCUAUGAAAGAGCUGGGCUCAGCAGCGGUGAAUAAGAAUAUGCCGGUGGUAGCUGGAGGGCUGAGGUGGGCCCAUGAGCUACAGCAGCGCAUCCGGGCCCCCUUCUCCAAACUACAGCAACACUUCCCCCUGUGCUUGGAGUCUGCAGAAGGGGCCAAGGUUACGGAGAAAUAUGAGGAGAUGAUGCAACUGCUGGACAGUUCCAGAUACUCAGCCGGCUUGUAUGCGGCAUGGACGGAGAACGUGGCCGAGAGCUCGCAGUACAAUCUUAGUUUGCCGUUAAUCAGCAGAGACUCGGACACCCGACUGAUCUCUGUCAACUUCAGUCCCCAGCUGGCCGCUGUGCUCAGAGAAGUGAAGUACUUGCUGAGUCGACCCGCUGAGGUCAUACCAGAAGCUGCCAUUCAGAUCUACACAGCCAGGGAGCAGCUGUGGCGGUAUGUGGCCAACGUGGAACUCAUCACGGUCCGAUACAACAAGGUGAUGUCGUCUAUGCUGGAUGUGGAGCGUCCUCUGAUUCAGAGUCAGCUCAGCGGUAUCGAUGCUCAACUCAGAGAGGCAGAGGAGAGUCUAAACUGGAACAGCCAAGGUGUUUGGCAGUAUAUCCAAGCAACCCGCGAUGCUGUCUGUGACCUAGAGAGCAGACUUCAAAGGACCAAGGAGAACGUGGAGGAGAUGCAGAGGUGCAUGAGGUCUUGGGCCGUCCCCAUGUUUGACAGGAAAGAUGGCAAAAAGGACGCUCUGCUUUGCCUUGAGGACAGGGAUGAAAGAGUGGAGCGGUUUCACAGUUUGGUGCGGUCCUCUGGGGAGAAAAUCCACUUCCUGCUUGAGAGCAAUCAGGCACUUUUCAGAGCCGAGUCGUCCCGGGAGGAGUGGAGGGCCUAUGUGGAAUAUAUUGACGACAUGGUUAUAGAUGGAUUCUUCAGCUGUAUUGAGUGCUCUCUCAAGUUUUUCCUGGACAACACUGAUGAAAGAGCUGCCACGGCCCCUCUGCUCGAGAUUCGACUGGAUCUGCAGGCUCCCGACAUGGUCUUCUCACCCUCUCUGGAGCCGGGGGCUCCGGAUGGUUUGUUCGAGACGGUGGAGGGCCUCAUCAACGACGUGUUCAAAACGUCCUCGCUGGUGCCGCGGCUCGCCCUGCACAGCCCUUCUCCGCACUACCAGGCUGACAUGGAAGGCCUGACUGACCUGGCAGACACGCGACGCCUCUUGAUGGAACGCGUGAAGGCCGCCAUGACGGCGUGCUGCGACUUGCGCGGCUCUCUGGAGCGUUACAGCUACCUGUACGUGGACGACAGGAAGGAGUUCAUGCGUCGGUUCCUCGAGUACGGCCACACUCCCACAAGCCCCGACAUGGAGGUGUUCUCUGACAGUGGGGCCCACGAGAGCACACCUACUCUGGACAGCUUCAGAGAACAGAUAGACAGUUACGAGAGGCUCUAUGAGGAGGUCCAGGGCCUGCAGGCGGUGCAUGUCUUUCAUGGAUGGAUGAGGGUGGAUGGGAGUAGGAUGAAGAGUGCUCUGCUCAAUGUCAUCAAGAAGUGGAGCCUCAUGUUCAAACAGCACCUCAUCGAUCAUGUGAUCAACAGUCUGUCAGAUCUGGAGAAGUUCAUCCAUGAGACUGAGGCCGGCCUGGGCCAGAGUGUGGGGGAGGGUGACUACGGCGGUCUGGUUGAGGUCAUGGGUCACUUGCUGGGGGUUAAAGAGAGACAAACCAUGACAGAUACCAUGUUUGAGCCUCUGCAUCAAACCAUAGCUCUGCUGAAAAUGUAUGAACAGGAGCUCCCAGAUGUGGUUUACAAGCACUUGGCGGAGCUGCCAGAAAAGUGGAUCAAUCUGAAAAAACAGGCCAUUUUGGUGAAACAGCAAGUGGCGCCGUUGCAGGCCAUCGAGGUGGCCAGUCUCCGCAGGAGGUGUGCUUUGUUUGAUGUGGAGCAACACGCCUUCAAGGAUCACUUUAACAGAGAUGGGCCUUUCAGGUUUGACAGCCAGAGGCCAUACCAGAUGUUGAAUGAGUUCCACCUGAAGAUCCAGGGACAUGAGAAGAUAAUGGCCUCCCUGAUGGCGUCCGCGAGCCUGUUUGAGGUCACAGUCUCAGAGUAUAAACAGCUCAGACAAUGCAGGCGUGAGAUGGGCCUGUUGAAAGAGCUGUGGGAUAUGAUUACGGUGGUAGAAUCCAGCAUGGCAGCUUGGAGGACGACUCCCUGGAAGGAGAUCAACGUGGAGGACAUGGAGCUGGAAUGCAAGCGCUUCUCUAAAGAUAUACGAGGGCUGGAUAAAGAGGUGAGGGCAUGGGAGGCCUUCACAGGUCUGGACAGUAGGGUGAAGAAUAUCCUCGGCUCCUUGCGGGCAGUAGCAGAACUCCAAAACCCCGCAAUACGAACCCGGCACUGGCAUCAGCUGAUGGCUGCUACUGGCGUUCGCUUCACAAUGGACCAGGAAACAACGCUGGCUGACCUGCUGCAGCUCGACCUGCACUGCUUUGAGGACAGAGUCAGAGAAAUCGUGGACAAGGCUGUUAAAGAAAUGGGGAUGGAGAAGGUUCUGUCUGAGCUCAACUCCACAUGGACAGGUAUGCAGUUCCAGUACGAGCCCCACCACAGGACCCGGGUGCCUCUGCUCCGCAUGGAUGAGGAGCUAAUAGAAACCCUGGAAGAUAACCAGGUUCAGCUUCAGAACAUCAUGUCAUCAAAGUACAUAGCACACUUCCUGGAUGAAGUGUCUUCGUGGCAGAGCAAGCUUUCCGUGGCGGACUCGGUCAUCUCUAUCUGGUUCGAGGUGCAGCGGACGUGGACCCACCUGGAGAGCAUCUUCAUCGGCUCCGAGGACAUCCGCUCUCAGCUGCCUGAGGACUCCAGGCGCUUCGAGGGGAUUGAUGCCGAUUUCAAAGAGCUGGCAAAGUCCAUGCGUCGGACGCCUAACGUGGUGGAGGCCACCAAUAAGCCGGGUCUGUUUGGUAAACUGGAGGAAGUUCAGAGCAGGCUCGCUCUGUGUGAAAAAGCUCUGGCAGAGUACCUGGACACCAAGCGUCUGGCCUUCCCUAGAUUCUACUUCAUUUCUUCAGCUGAUUUGUUAGACAUCCUGUCUAAUGGGACCAACCCCCAGCAGGUCCAGAAGCAUCUGUCUAAGCUGUUCGACAACAUCGCUAAGAUGCAGUUUGGAGCAGACGAAGAGGGAAAUCCUUCUAAGGCUGCCUUGGGCAUGUACAGCAAAGAGGACGAGUAUGUCCCUUUUAAUCAGGCCUGCGACUGCUCUGGACAGGUGGAGAUGUGGCUGAACCGGGUGCUGGACACCAUGCGCGCCACGGUCCGCCAUGAGAUGACCGAGGCAGUGGCGGCUUAUGAGGACAAACCCAGGGAGCAGUGGCUGUUUGACUAUCCGGCUCAGGUUGCACUGACCUGCACUCAGAUCUGGUGGACGUCUGACGUCAACAUUGCUUUUGCCCGUCUCGAGGAAGGCUAUGACAACUCCAUGAAGGAGUACUACAGGAAGCAGGUAUCUCAGCUCAACACCCUCAUCGCCUUGCUGAUUGGCCAGCUCUCGCCAGGCGACAGGCAGAAGGUCAUGACCGUCUGCACGAUCGACGUCCACGCCAGAGACGUGGUGGCCAAGAUGAUCAGUCAGAAGGUGGAGAAUUCUCAGGCCUUUGUGUGGCUCUCUCAGCUGAGGCAUCGCUGGGACGAGGGGGACAGGCACUGCUUUGCCAACAUCUGCGAUGCCCAGUUUCUCUACUCGUAUGAAUAUCUGGGCAACACGCCACGACUCGUCAUCACUCCCCUAACAGACAGAUGUUACAUCACUUUGACUCAGUCCCUCCACCUGACUAUGAGUGGAGCACCAGCUGGGCCUGCAGGCACAGGGAAGACCGAGACGACCAAAGACUUAGGACGAGCCCUGGGCGUCAUGGUGUACGUGUUCAACUGCUCCGAGCAGAUGGACUACAAGUCGUGUGGGAACAUCUACAAAGGCUUGGCUCAGACGGGAGCAUGGGGCUGCUUUGACGAGUUUAACCGCAUCUCUGUGGAGGUGCUUUCAGUUGUAGCUGUACAGGUUAAAAGCAUCCAAGAUGCCAUCCGUAAUAAGAAGCAACGAUUUAACUUCAUGGGAGAGGAGGUGAAUCUCUGUCCUUCUGUGGGGAUCUUCAUCACCAUGAAUCCUGGUUACGCUGGUAGAACGGAACUUCCGGAGAACCUUAAGGCUCUUUUCAGACCUUGUGCCAUGGUGGUGCCAGACUUUGAGCUCAUCUGUGAAAUCAUGUUAGUGGCUGAAGGCUUUGUCAAUGCCCGGAUCCUCGCUAGGAAGUUUAUCACCCUCUACACACUGUGCAAGGAGCUGUUGUCCAAACAGGAUCACUACGACUGGGGUCUCCGAGCCAUCAAGUCAGUGUUAGUGGUGGCUGGCUCUUUGAAAAGGGGAGACCCUGGACGAGCUGAGGACCAAGUGCUGAUGCGAGCCCUGAGAGAUUUCAACAUUCCAAAGAUUGUGACUGAGGACAUGCCGGUUUUCAUGGGACUGAUAGGAGAUCUUUUUCCAUCCCUGGAAGUCCCCAGGAAGAGGGACCUGGACUUCGAAAAGCACGUAAAGCAAUCCAUUCUAGACCUGAAGUUGCAGCCGGAGGACAAUUUCAUCCUCAAGGUGGUGCAGCUUGAGGAACUGCUGGCGGUCCGCCACUCCGUGUUUGUGAUUGGAAACGCGGGCGCCGGGAAGAGUCAGGUGAUGAGAUCGCUCCAGCGGACCUAUCAGAACAUGAAGCGUCGGCCCGUGUGGGCAGACCUCAACCCGAAGGCCGUGACCAACGACGAGCUCUUCGGGAUCAUCAACCCGGCAACCAGAGAGUGGAGAGACGGGCUCUUCUCCAGUAUAAUGCGUGAACUGGCCAACAUUAGUCACGGCGGGCCUAAGUGGAUUGUUCUGGAUGGAGACAUUGAUCCGAUGUGGAUUGAGUCACUCAACACAGUUAUGGACGACAACAAGGUGCUGACUCUGGCCAGUAAUGAGCGCAUCCCUCUGAACCCCACCAUGAGGCUGGUGUUUGAGAUUAGCCACCUUCGCACCGCUACUCCUGCUACUGUAUCUAGAGCCGGCAUUCUGUACAUAAAUCCAGCAGACCUUGGGUGGAGCCCACAGGUGUCCAGCUGGAUCGACAGGAGGGAUGUCCAAUCCGAGAAGGCAAACCUGACCAUCCUCUUCGACAAGUAUCUUCCCUCCUGCUUGGAUGCCGUCAAAUCAAGGUUCAAGAAGAUCAUCCCGAUCCCUGAGCAGAGUCUGGUCCAGAUGCUGUGCUACCUGCUGGAGUGUCUUCUGACCCCAGAAAACACUCCACCAGACUCUACCAAGGAUCUUUAUGAGCUCUACUUUGUCUUUGCUGCAAUCUGGGCUUUUGGGGGAGCCUUGUUUCACGACCAGCUGGUCGACUACAGAGUGGAGUUCAGCAAGUGGUGGGUUGCCGAGUUCAAAGCCAUCAAGUUCCCAUCGCAGGGCACCGUGUUCGAUUUCUACAUCGACCCAGAGAGCAAGAAGUUCGAGCCGUGGUCCAAAAUGGUCACCAAGUUUGAGAUGGAUCCAGACGUACCUCUUCAGGCGUGUCUCGUUCACACCACGGAGACGGUUCGGGUGCGUUACUUCAUGGACCGCCUCCUGGAGCGCCGCAGGCCAGUCAUGCUGGUUGGGAACGCUGGCACUGGGAAGUCUGUUCUAGUUGGGGACAAACUCGCAUCAUUGGACCCUGAGAAACACAUGGUCAGAAACGUCCCCUUUAACUACUACACCACGUCCGCUAUGCUGCAGGCUGUGCUGGAAAAGCCCCUGGAGAAAAAAGCGGGGCGCAACUACGGCCCUCCUGGCAGCAGAAGACUGAUCUACUUCAUAGACGACAUGAAUAUGCCGGAGGUGGACGCAUAUGGCACGGUGCAACCUCACACACUCAUCCGCCAACACAUGGACUACAACCAUUGGUAUGACCGUAAUAAGCUGCUUUUGAAAGAAAUACACAACGUUCAAUACGUUUCCUGCAUGAACCCCACGGCUGGGAGCUUCACCAUUAAUCCCAGGCUGCAGCGGCACUUCUGCGUCUUCGCCCUGUCCUUUCCCGGAGCGGAGGCCCUGAACACCAUCUACAGCUCCAUCCUGUCUCAGCACCUGAGAGGGGAUGGGUUUGGCGCCGCCCUGCAGAGGAGCAGCUCUGCCUUGGUCCAGCUGGCCCUGGCCCUGCAUCAGCGCGUCUCCUCCACCUUCCUCCCCACAGCGGUCAAGUUCCACUACAUCUUUAACCUGCGGGACCUCUCCAACAUAUUUCAGGGCAUUCUUUUCUGCACCAACAAGUGCAUGAAAACCUCUGCGGACCUGCUGAAAAUCUACUUGCAUGAGUCCAACCGGGUCUACAGGGACAAGCUGGUGGAGGAGCAGGACAUCCAGGCCUUUGAUAAGCUGCAGACGGACACUGUGAAAAAGUUCUAUGAGGACAUGGAGGAGGAGCUGCGGCAGACCAUGGAGGUGAACCUGUACUGCCAUUUUGCCCGGGGGCUGGGGGAGCCCAGGUACAUGGCAGUGGAGUCCUGGAGCAGCCUGAGUAAGAUCCUGCUAGAAGCUCUGGACGGCUACAAUGAGGUCAACGCCACCCUCAACCUUGUGCUGUUCGAAGAUGCCAUGGCUCACAUCUGCCGAAUAAACCGAAUCCUGGAGUCUCCACGGGGCAACGCGCUGCUGGUCGGAGUGGGCGGCAGCGGCAAGCAGAGUCUGACCCGACUGGCUGCCUUCAUCUCCAAUCUGGAGGUUUUUCAGAUCACCUUGAGAAAAAGCUACAGUCUCACAGACCUGAAGACUGACCUGGCAUCCCUCUACAUCAAAGCUGGUGUGAAGAACGUUGGCACAGUCUUCCUAAUGACUGACGGCCAAGUGGCAGACGAGAAGUUCCUCGUUUUGGUCAACGAUCUUUUGGCAUCGGGAGAGAUUCCCGACCUGUUCCCAGACGACGAGGUGGAGAACAUCAUUGGCAGCGUGAGGCCAGAGGUCCGCAGCUCCGGAUUGAUGGAUACCCGAGAAAACUGCUGGAAGUUCUUCAUCGACCGCGUUCGCAGGCAGCUGAAGGUCGCCCUGUGCUUCUCUCCGGUCGGCAGUAAACUCAGGGUCCGGAGCAGGAAGUUCCCGGCAGUGGUGAACUGCACGGCGAUCGACUGGUUCCACGAGUGGCCACAGGAGGCGCUGGAGUCAGUCAGCUUGAAGUUCCUGCAGGAGGUGGAGAAUGUCGAACCUCAGGUGAAGGAGUCGGUGAGCAGAUUCAUGGCUUAUGUCCACACCAGCGUCAAUCAGACGUCCAAGAAGUACCUGGCUAACGAGCGCCGCUACAACUACACCACGCCGAAGUCUUUCCUGGAGCAGAUCAAGCUGUACCGCAGUCUGCUGGGCCAGCGGAGCAAAGAGCUCACUGCCAAGAUGGAGCGAUUGGAGAACGGCCUCCAGAAGCUCAGCAGCACAUCUGCUCAGGUGGAUGACCUCAAAGCCAAGCUGGCUGCUCAGGAAGUGGAACUCAAGCAAAAGAAUGAAGAUGCUGACAAGCUGAUCCAAGAGGUUGGAAUAGAAACAGAGAAGGUUACAAAGGAGAAGGCUAUGGCCGACGAGGAGGAACGAAAGGUGGCGGCUAUUGCUGUGGUGGUCGGUGGCAAGCAGAGAGACUGUGAGGAGGACUUAGCCAAGGCGGAACCAGCUCUUCAAGCAGCUCAGGAUGCCCUUAACACCCUCAAUAAAAACAACCUGACCGAGCUGAAGUCGUUCGGUUCUCCCGUGGCGGCGGUGACCAACGUCACGGCGGCGGUCAUGGUCCUGACGGCGCCCGGCGGCAAAGUCCCGAAGGAUCGCAGCUGGAAGGCGGCCAAGGUGAUGAUGGCCAAGGUGGACACCUUCCUGGACUCUCUGGUGAACUUCAACAAAGAAAACAUCCCGGAGGCUUGCCUGAAAGCCAUCCGACCUUACCUGCAGGAUCCAGAGUUUCAGCCAGACCUGGUGGCCUCCAAGUCUUACGCAGCCGCGGGUUUGUGUUCCUGGGUUCUAAGCAUUGUCAAGUUCUACGAGGUUUACUGUGAGGUAGAGCCCAAGCGCCAGGCUCUAAGCAAAGCCAACGCUGACCUGGCUGCUGCACAAGAGAAGCUCACGGUCAUCAAGAGCAAGAUCACUUAUCUUAAUGAGAACCUGGCCAAGCUCACGUCAAAGUUUGAGAAAGCCACUGCUGACAAAGUCAAGUGCCAACAGGAAGCAGAGUCGACGGCGCGCACCAUUUCACUGGCCAACCGCCUGGUGGGUGGUCUUGCGGCUGAAAAUGUCCGAUGGGCUGAAGCCAUAGAAAACUUUAGAAGACAGGAGAGGACAUUGUGUGGGGACGUCCUCCUCAUCACUGCCUUCAUCUCCUACUUGGGCUACUUCACCAAACCCUACAGGCAACAUCUGAUGGAGAACUGCUGGAGGCCUUACCUCAGUCAGCUGAAGGUUCCCAUUCCAGUGACUGUAGACCUGGACCCUUUGACCAUGCUCACCGAUGAUGCCGACAUCGCAGCGUGGCAGAACGAGGGCCUGCCAGCUGACAGGAUGUCCACGGAGAAUGCCACCAUUCUGACUUCCUGUCAGCGCUGGCCCCUCAUCGUGGACCCCCAACUGCAGGGCAUCAAGUGGAUCAAAAACAAACACGGUGAUCGCCUGCGGGUUACCCGCAUCGAACAACGAGGGUAUCUUGAUGUAGUGGAGAGAGCGCUGGCAGCUGGUGACGUGGUUCUGAUUGAAAACCUGGGGGAAACGUUGGAUCCUGUUCUUGGGCCUUUGCUGGGGAGAGAAACCAUCAAGAAGGGCAGGUAUAUAAAGAUUGGAGACAAGGAGUGCGAGUACAACCCCGGUUUCCGUCUCAUCCUACACACCAAGCUGGCUAGCCCUCAUUACCAGCCGGAGCUGCAGGCCCAGUGCACCCUGAUCAAUUUCACAGUGACCAGAGACGGACUGGAAGACCAGCUGCUGGCUGCCGUGGUUAGAAUGGAGAGACCUGACCUGGAGCAGCUGAAGUCCGACUUGACGAAGGAGCAGAAUGGUUUUAAGAUCACCCUGAAGACCCUGGAGGACAACUUGCUGUCCCGUUUGUCCUCAGCCUCAGGAAACUUCCUUGGAGACACGGUGCUCGUGGAAAAUCUGGAGACAACCAAACGCACUGCUGCAGAGAUAGAACAGAAGGUAAAAGAAGCCAGGGUGACAGAGGCCAAAAUCAACGAGGCUCGGGAGCACUACCGGCCGGCAGCAGCACGGGCUUCCUUAAUGUACUUCAUAAUGAACGAUCUCAAUAAAAUCCACCCCAUGUACCAGUUCUCACUCAAGGCGUUCGGUGUGGUCUUCCAGAAAGCGGUUCUGAAGGCCGAGUCGGAUGAGACUCUGAAGCAGCGGGUGUCCAACCUAAUUGACAGCAUCACCUUCUCGGUCUUCCAGUACACUACCAGAGGCCUGUUUGAGUGUGACAAGCUCACGUACGUGGCUCAGCUCGUCUUCCAGAUACUCCUGAUGAAUAAUGAAAUAAACCCCGCAGAGCUGGACUUCCUCUUGAGAUAUCCUGUUCAACCAGGUGUAACUUCACCAGUGGAUUUCCUAUCCAACCACUCCUGGGGAGGGAUCAAGUCCCUGUGCUCCUUGGAUGAGUUCAAGCACCUGGACAGAGACAUCCAGGGUUCGGCCAAACGCUGGAAGAAGUUUGUCGAGUCCGAGUGUCCGGAAAAAGAGAAACUCCCACAGGACUGGAAAAGCAAAACCUCCCUCCAGAGGCUUUGCAUGAUGAGGACCCUGAGACCUGACCGCAUGACAUACGCAGUCAGAGACUUUGUAGAGGAGAAACUGGGAAGCGAGUAUGUGAUGGGAAGAUCACUGGACUUUGCCCUCUCCUUUGAAGAGUCCAGUGCCGCUACUCCUAUGUUCUUCAUCCUGUCUCCUGGCGUGGAUCCUUUGAAGGACGUGGAGAAACACGGGAAGAAGAUGGACUACACCUUUGAUAACAACAACUUCCACAAUGUGUCUCUGGGUCAAGGCCAAGAGGUUGUAGCUGAACAAGCCCUCGAACUGGCUGCUAGGGAAGGCCAUUGGGUCAUCUUGCAGAACAUCCAUCUGGUUGCGCGUUGGCUGGGUACCCUGGAGAAACUUCUAGAGCAGUAUGCCGAGGGAAGCCAUGAGAACUUCCGAGUGUUCGUCAGUGCUGAGCCUUCCUCCACCCGCGAGGGCCACAUCAUCCCUCAGGGGAUUUUAGAAAACUCCAUCAAGAUCACAAAUGAGCCACCCACCGGCAUGCACGCCAACCUGCACAAGGCCCUGGACAACUUCAACCAGGAAACGCUUGACAUGUGCGCACGGGAGAACGAGUUCAAAAGCAUUUGGUUUGCCCUCUGCUACUUCCAUGCUGCGGUAGCUGAGAGAAGGAAAUUCGGCCCUCAAGGUUGGAACAGAUCAUAUCCCUUUAACACUGGCGACCUGACAAUUUCCAUCAAUGUCCUCUACAACUAUCUGGAGGCCAAUCUUAAGGUACCGUACGAUGACCUGCGCUACCUGUUCGGGGAGAUCAUGUACGGGGGUCACAUCACGGAUGACUGGGACCGCCGUCUGUGUCUAACUUACCUGGAAGAGUUUAUCAAGCCUGAGAUGAUGGAGGGGGAGCUGUGCUUGGCGCCUGGUUUCCCUUUGCCUGGAAACAUGGAUUACAACAGCUACCACCAGUACAUUGAUGACACCCUACCUGCAGAAUCUCCAUACCUGUAUGGCCUUCAUCCCAACGCAGAGAUCGGUGUCCUCACGCAGACGUCGGAGAAGCUUUUCCGCACGGUGCUGGAAAUGCAGCCCAGAGAUGGAGGAGUUGGUGAGGGAAGAGGAAUGACAAGAGAGGAGAAGGUGCGUGCCGUCCUGGAGGACAUCUUGGAGAGGCUUCCAGAACAAUUUGACAUGGCAGAGCUUUUAGGGAAGGCAGAGGAGAGGACUCCAUACCAAGUGGUGGCCCUACAGGAGUGUGAGCGAAUGAACGUCCUCACACAGGAGAUCAGGCGCUCCCUCAGUGCCCUAAACCUCGGACUAAAGGGAGAGCUAACCAUGACCAGUGAAAUGGAGAAUCUACAGAAUGCUAUCUUCCUGGACGUAGUCCCAGACAGUUGGAGCAAACGAGCAUAUCCCUCCAUGUCGAGUUUGGCUCUGUGGUUUACCGACCUCCUGGCCCGGAUCAAGGAGCUUGAAGCCUGGUCUUCGGACUUCAUCUUACCCUCUGCAGUGUGGCUGGCUGGCUUCUUCAACCCCCAGUCUUUCUUAACAGCUAUCAUGCAGACCAUGGCCAGAAGGAAUGAGUGGCCUCUCGACAGCAUGGGCCUGCAGUGUGACGUCACAAAGAAAAGCCGAGAGGAUUUCAGCUCUCCUCCUCGCGAAGGGGCGUACAUACAUGGACUGUUCAUGGAGGGAGCGCGGUGGGACCCACAGACUGGCUUGAUCGUCGAUGCACGGCUGAAAGAGCUUACCCCGACCAUGCCGGUUAUCUUCAUCAGGGCCAUUCCAGUGGACAAACAGGAAAACAGAAAUGUCUACCAGUGUCCCGUCUAUAAAACCCGUCAGAGGGGACCCACAUAUGUGUGGACUUUUAACCUGAAGACCAAAGAAAAGCCUUCCAAGUGGACCUUAGCUGGUGUGGCGUUGCUUCUGCAAAUCUAG